CGCCGCCGCUGCCGUCCACCAGCUGUGAUAUACCCGCCAGUGACUCGAACACGCGACUGUUUCGCAAGGUGAACUCAGUGCCGAACGGGACCGGCCCUUACCGGCUGAUAUGCCGAACACGAUCCGCGACAUUUGUUCCAUCUCCAUCCAUGCCGCCAGUGCUCUGGCGAACCGGGUCCCCUCGCCGGUCCAGUGCAGUGACUCGACGAAACUGCGGCGUCCCAGUCCCACCGAGCCGCUGCCGAGAGACCGGGCGUGCUGUCCUCCCCGGCGGCUACCACUGUGAUCUCGCGACAGCCCUCAUCAGCAUCCUCCGAUAUGGACGUACCGUCGGAGCCCUCCACGCCGGCGGCGACCAGCCCCGCCCGGUGGCGGAGCUGCCGCUCGUCGUCCUCUCUUUCAGCCAACUCUGAGUCCAGUGACGACUCGAGCAGUGAGUCGAGCGACGACGACUCGACGCUCGGUGACGAGGAGUGGGACGCGUCGGCGGCCACCUUUCUGCCCAGUAGCUCGGUCGACUCGGGCGAUGACUUCAUUAUGUUCGCCGAUGACGCUGAUGACGAACCGCGUGGGGCGCCGGAGCCAGCGCCGCCUCGAACGCCAGUGUUUGGUCCCACGGCCGCCGAUCAGGUGGACUCAGGUCUCUCGGCCGAGACAGACCCCAGUGACAGCGAGCCGGAAGACUCGAGCGACGACGAGCUCAGCGACGACGAGUGUGAACCGUGCCACAGCUCUCCGGGCGGCACGUGCACGCUGCACCAGAGGAUCGCAGAGGCCAACCGGCAGCUGGUGGACUGGUGCGCCGCGCCGCCCCGACAGCCCAACAGAGAGGCCAGGGUACGAUUUCUCUCUGGUGACCGGCUGGCCACCGUUCACGCGGCUCCCGACUACGACCGGGCGAUCGCCAGCGACCUGCUGGACCAGCAGCGUCAGCGGGACCGGCUGCGCCGCUGGCGCCAGGACGUGGACCGCCAGGUGGCGCCCGUGCUGGCGGCUGUGCUCAGCGCCGAGCACCGGCAGCGCGUGCUCCGCGAGCGGCCCGAGCUGCUGCGCGACAGCUGACCGGCGCCCGGGAGCGGGGCUGGUAGGACGGGUAGUUAGGGACGUGACCGGGGGUCCGGCGGCGGCAGGUCCAGUGUGGUGGGCUAACGAACUGUGGGGUGUUAGGUUUGGUGGUAAGGGAAAUUUAGGAGUUGCCUCGGCAAGUUGAUGAUAGCCCUGCGCGGUCGGUGGUCCAACAAAACGCGUGACAGCGUCGUGGAAGGGGCUCAGGUUCACCAGGUCAUCUCAGUUAUGAACUUUGUAGAUCAAACCAUUACCUAAAAAAGUAAAAAGCGUAUUCUAGCUCAUCUGAAUGCAGUUGGACAUGCUCCAGGCUUUCAUUCUAGAGAAAGGGAUGAAAUUUGAAUUCGUGACGUGCUAUCGAAAGGUCCUCGAUUAAUUAUUGAACUUUACGUCCAAAAGGAAAGGAACAAUAAUGCCGAAAUCUGUUGAGCUCCAAAUGACGAUAAAUCGACGUGGAAUUCUUAUAAACGUCUCCAUGUGUGCAAAAUGAUCACUAGUAGGCGCUCCGAAAUCUCCAGUAUACAACAAAAAUAGACUUCAGCAAUUGGCAAGACAAGUUUGACUCAUUGUGUUAGCUAAAGGAGAGGUAUUGCUUCCAAUCGAUCUUGUAUGGCACUGACCGCGCAGGGCUCUAAUCGACUCCUUUGCACAGCUCAUAAGUAACGAACAUAAGUUAACGUUUUUCCAAAGUGUCUGGUACGAGACUACGCAAAAGCGUGCCAUUCGAAGCGAAGUUCUGUGAACCACACUGGACGCCUGCGCGCUGGGUUUGCGCCUGUCACUGUGCGCCUGGACUUUCAUUCACCUGUGGCCGAGCACUGUGAGCUGUGGCGUGUACGCGGGUGUGGACGAUUCGCGAUGUAGCCGGGUAUGGCUCACAGCCUGUUUGCCGUGAGAGGUUACCAUAGCACUGCGGAUAAAUCAUCGUUUACAUGUGACCCGUGCUUUAUGAUACGGGGUUCAAUAGGUACUGUCCAAUCUGAAAAAUGUCAAACUGUGGAACUAAGCGGUCAAAGUCCGCACCUUACCGCCGAUUGUCAUAGGGUUUUCGUCCAAGAGGUCUUUCAGCGUCUGUUCGGUCGGGUUUAAGUCAUAGUUUGGAUUUUAUUACCCACCUUAGAGGUUUUCGGCACUCAUUAUCGAUCACUUAACGGUAGUACAUUCACUCUAUGGAAUAAUAUAUAAGUGCUGUAUUUGACACAUUUAAUUUGCGACUAGGUAUUGAAUGUCGUGUGGUAAAUGUCAUGUAAUCAGCGCUUUAACCAUCGCAAUGCAAGUGUCACGUAGUCUCAAUGUGAGGUGAGCUUCCCUUCGGCUACAUCACUAUUGUGGUAUCGUGUGUUUUUGCUUAUGCGUGAAUGUUCAUCAAUGGCCUACUGGGGUGUUAAUAGAUUUCGCUAGCAUCA